AGCCCAACCAAAUAAACGUUUUCUUCUUUCUCAGGGGGGAGAGAGAGCUUAUUGUUACAAAGUUAACAUUUUUCUUGAACAACAUGUCGAAGUCAGGCCGGGAAGAAGAUGUCCGUAGUAGUAGUUCGCAAUCUAUGGUUGAGAAAACCCUAGAAGUUGCAAAAGCUUCUGUUUUUGGUGAAAGAAAAGAGAAAGAGAUGAAGAAAGAGACCCGUCUAGGAAUCUCUGCAAAGAAAGAUGAAGACUUUCCGAGUUGGUAUUCUCAGGUUUGUAGAUUCGGUGAACUGAUAAUCCUUUCCGACACAAAAGGACUCUACAUCCUAGAGCCAUCAGCAACAAAGAUCUGGAACACUCUAAGAAGUUACAUGGAUGCAGAGCUGGAGAAGUUGGGUGGCGUGGAAGAGAAGAAAUUCCCUAUGUUAAUAAAACGCGAUUCACUCGAGAAGGAGAAAGACCACAUCGAAGGGUUCAAGCCAGAGGUUGCUUGGGUCACAAGAGCUGGUGAACAUGAUCUUCCAACACCGUACGCUCUACGUCCAACUAGCGAGACCAUCAUCUACCCUUACUUCAAAAACAGGAUUAGGACACACCGUGAUCUCCCCAUGAAGGUUAACCAGUGGGUUAACGUUGUUAGAUGGGAGGUUAGUGACCCUAUCCCACUGAUCAGAGGUCGUGAGUUCGAUUGGCAGGAAGGACACAGUGCCUUCGCCACCAAGGAAGAGGCUGACGAAGAGGUGCUUGAAGUUCUGAACAUUUACUCUCGCGUCUACGAAGAUCUUCUUUCUGUUCCUGUGAUAAAAGGUCGAAAGUGCGACAAGGAGAAGUUUGCUGGUGCGGAUUACACCACAAGCGUCGAGGCUUUUAUACCAACAACUGGUCGUGGUGUACAAGCUGCGACCUCACAUUGUUUAGGACAGAACUUUGCGAAGAUGUUUGAAAUCGCCUUUGAAGAUAAGGAAGUAAAAAGAGACAAGAAAGGCAAAAUAAUAAAGCCAAUGGUGUGGCAGAACUCGUGGGGUUUAAGUACAAGAUCGAUAGGAGUGAUGGCUAUGACACAUGGAGAUGAAAAAGGGUUGGUGUUACCUCCAAAAGUGGCACGUUAUCAAGUAGUUGUGGUCCCUGUCCCUUUCAAAGGUGUUGAUACCAAAAGGAUCUCUCUAGAGUGUCAAGCUGUUAAAACCGCCUUGCAAGGUGCUGGAGUCCGUGCUUUAGUAGAUGAGCGAGCCAACUAUGCUUGUGGCUGGAAGUAUGCAGACUGGGAGAUGAAAGGUGUUCCUUUGAGAAUCGAACUCGGUCCUAGAGAUUUGGAAAAGAAUCAGGUGAGAGUGGUGAGGCGCGACACUGGAGUGAAGAUGGAUGUGUUGAGAGUGGACUUGGUUGAGAAAGUCAAGGACUUGUUGGAAGUAAUACAAAGAGAUCUCUAUGAUGUGGCUAAGAGAAAGCUUCAAGAAUGCAUUCAAAAAGUUGAAACUUGGGAUGAGUUUAAGGAAGCUCUGAGACUGAAGAAGCUGGUUUUAGCUCCAUGGUGUGAUGAAGUUGAAGUGGAGAAUGAUGUGAAAGAGAAUACUAAGGGUGAAAACGAAGCAGGAGCUAAGACUCUAUGUACUCCCUUUGAGCAGCCUGAACUAAGAGAAGACACUCUGUGCUUUGCGUCAGGAAAGCCAGCCAAGAAGUGGACCUAUUGGGGAAGAAGUUACUAAUAGCAUGUUUAGGAUUCAAUGUCGUCUUUACUAAGUUAUGCUUUUCAUCUGUUUCGUUCUCUUUGUUGAAGUGUUAUAAUAUUCCCAAUAAGACCGUUCUUCCUUG